GUCUCUUUGCGGCAGCCCUUAGUCAUGGUGUGAGCGGAAUAUUCCAUGGCCAUGACCACAAUAAUGACUUCCUAGCUCGGAUUGAUACCACUUCUCAGACGAUACAUGUGGGUUAUGGAAGGAAAAGUGGCUAUGGCGGAUACGGUGGAG